UGUGUUUGGGGCUAGACCUGAUCUUUUCGUCUCUGACUCCUCUGAAUCAAAAAUCUACAAAGAUGUUCCUUGCUGUCACCGUGGCCGUCUUGAUGCUAAGUACCCAAAGCGUGGAUGGGUACUCAGAUGCCUCCGGUCUAUCGGGGUCCUACUAUUGUACUUCCAUGACCCCCAGCCAUGGAGUCGCCGCUCAAACGUCCAGCCCUCCCUACGAAAUUAUUGUGGACAAACAGACUUACAGUGCAGGGGAACAACUCACAGUAACACUCCAGGGUACCGGCUCAGACACGUUUAAGGGCUUCUAUGUGCAGGCUCGGCCCGUUGGACAGGAUGACCCCGUUGGGAUGUUUACGGCGAUCGACGCAACCACCACACUGCUCUUAGACUGUGGGACAGGCACACAGAUCAUCACAGCUGAGGCUCCACUUGGGAUCACAACAGAUGGUUGUGGUGUAACUAAAGGCUGUUAUGGGGUUCCUGACGGCUGCUCAGCUCUAAACUGUGACUUUCUGUCGACCUGGGUGACCGAUGCUGCGGGUGAUAAUGUGAUCAUUGAGAUCACAGGAAAAAGCGAUGGAUAUGUCGCCAUAGGAUUCUCCCAUGACCAGCUAAUGGCUGAUGACGACAUGUACGAAUGCGUACGUCACCCUACGGACGGAAACAUCGAGGUGUUCUCUAGUUACUCUACAGGCCAAUCCAUGCCAACUAGAGAACCCGCAAAUUCUGGAGUAACGGAUGUUGAGGUGGCGUACAGCAAUGGUUUGCUGUCCUGCCGGUUCCACCGUGCUGUCCGGCCGACAGCACGGGCAGGUGCUGGUGCUGACCAGUACUUUGACCUUGGCAACUCGUCCUACCAUAUCUUCCUGGCCUCCGGAGAUACAAACGUACUCACUGACGGUACUGUGGAGAUCCAGGUACACAGAAGUCGUGCCUACUCUGACCAGCCGGUAGAUGUAACCAGUAUCAGCCUGGUUGCCGCUGCUUCGGCCCCCAUCUUAGUCAAGCUACAUGCUGCCCUCAUGAUGAGUGCUUGGAUGUUGACCGUCAGUAUCGGAGCUGUGCUGGCGCGCUUCUACAAACCCAUGUGGCCCAACAGCACCUGGUGUGGGGUCAAAAUCUGGUUCGCCGGAACCAAAGCCGAGAUACACGCCAUCAUGGGUAUCAUAGUGACCGUCCUGGCUGUUAUACAGCCGUUUAUGUCACUGUUGCGCGGUGGCCCAGGUGAACCCAAACGGCGAGUGUUUAACUGGUUCCACUGGGCAUUUGGAACAGGCGCUAGGGUCAUGGCCAUUAUCGUGAUGUUCCUGGGCCUGGACUUCCCGGCUAUGGACCUCCCUGAUGAGGCUACUUACGUGCUGGCCAGCUGGGUCGCCUGGCAGGCUCUGUCUGAGGUCAUCCUGGAGCAGGAGGGUCUGCUCAAGUGCUGCUGCGAGUCCACGGCGAAGGUUUCAGACCAAGAGGAGAUAGAAAUGCAAGCAAAGAAGAAGAGCGCCAGUUCAAUUGACCUGAACCCGGAACCAAAGACACCCAACCCGCCUAACUCCUGUUUUAAGAACGGUUUCCUGGUGAUCUACAUGAUCGUCCUGACUGGAUUCACAGUCGCCAUGUUCACCUUCAUCGGUCUGCACUAACUCUGCUCAACACUCCCGGACACCUGUGAACAUUCAUACUGCUGUACCACGUCACUAGCUAGGCAGAGGCAACUCAACUCCCUUCGGCGCAUAUACCCUUGCACCCUUGUUAAAACUAACUCUGAAAUCACUGCACAAAAUCCAUUCUGUACGCACAUGUAAAGGUUCCGCUUUUUCCCUUUACGCACGUUUAGGCGUUCAUGCAGUGAAGUAUCUUUGGGAAUGUUAAUAUGUUGGAGCUGGACGUUACAAAUUGCUGAAAACAAUGUAAAAAAUUGUUAGCCGUGUUUGAGGUAUCUGAUCAGCAAGUUCUAGCAUGUCAGAUGUUUAGAUGUGCUUCAAAGGAGUCAAAAGUCACUAAGAUUUGUUUUGAUGCGGUUUCCAGAUUAUUCUUAACUACAAAUUAUGCACUAUAGAUGGACGCAUAGUUUAAGCAUGAAUAUUCUUGGUAUAAAUAGAGGGCUUACUCGUAGACAUUUCUGUUUUUGUUGCUGUUGUUUUAAUGUUAGACCCGCAAACCGCCCCCCCCCCCCGCUGCCAAAUACGCCAAAUUGCGGAAGUCCAAAUCCAGUUGCAUGUAACAAUUUCCUUUUGUAAGUCCCAACAAUUCAACUUGAGAAGUCGUAACAGAGUUCAGACAUUGUAUCGUAUGUUACGAUCUCCACACGUACUGCAAUAUAAAUGACCCUCUAUUCAACCUAAAACCGCCAAUCUUGAAACAUGUUUACACAUGUAUUCAGACAGUUGGCAAAUACUUAGUACUACAGUAGGUUUAUUCACAGCUUUUUGACAAGCGUCCUUGGCGACCUUGUCAGUACAAGUACUCCUGUCGGACCUUGUACCUUUUCGUACUUCGUGGUAUACGUGGUACGUGCGGAGAAACACGUAACUAUUGUAAGGGUGUGGUCAUUCUUUAGGCAAAAAACAAUGUAAAGUCCCUGUCACACAUAGCCGAAUAUGGCCUCCCAAACACUGCCAAACUCUCCACAACCAUGGUUAGGAGUAGGUA